AUGACUUCAACGCCGACAAAUCCAGUGGACGUUCCCCCGUAUCAGUUUCAAAAUCUCAUCACAGGCGCCUUCGAGUCGGGUUUUGCUACGUCGGAAGUGCGAUGUGCUCAAGCUCUAGGGUCUGAGAUAUACGUCGGUUUCGCAAACGGGGAACUUGUUCGGUUCGCUCUGCAGGCCGAUGAUCCCAACAAGUUCGAGUCCUAUAAAGUGCUCUCGAGGCAGACACUUCCAAACAACAAAGCCGUCGACGAAAUAGUCCUUCUGCCCUGUUUAUCGCGAGCCCUCAUUCUUUCUGAUAAUCAAAUCCAUUUCUUCACCAUUCCUUCACUCGAUGCUAUUGCCAUCAAACCUAUUCGACACGUCGUUACAUUUGCUGUAGAUCAUCAGCAUCUCAGCCGUCCUGCAGCCUCGCCAUCUACGCCGACGCAUCUCUUGGAACCUGUCGAGUUCACGGUCAUCAAAAGAAGUAGCCUCUUAAUGUAUGCUUUACGCGACAAACUACUAUACAUUAAGGAAAUUCCUCUUCCCGAAGGUGCCUCCCUUGCCCGACGUACAGGUCAAUCCCUCUGUAUUGCCGGAAAAACACAGUACCAAAUCGUCGACCUCCAAAAUGCCUCUAUGUUCGGCAUCAUACCUAUUUGUCAAGUUCCGGAUCCCUCACAGCUUCCUAUUAAACCUUCAAUCACUGUGAUUGACACCAAUGAAUACCUCAUCCUCUCAUACACGGGAAUGAGUACCUUAGGACUAUUCAUAACAUCCAACGGAGAUCCAGUCCGCGGAACACUAGAGUGGUCACAACAUCCGAAGUCAGUGUGCUACGAUUACCCUUACAUCACGUCUCUACUACCCAAUGGCACGAUAGAGGUGCACGGCAUUGAGACGCAGAGUAUCGUUCAAGUCAUACCCGCGCCGGUUCCGUCCUCGAAUACCGAACCUAUACAAAGAAAGAAGCUUAUCCCAUCUCUUCAGGGCUACCUCGUCCCCUCCGCCGAGAAAUCGGCAAAAAUGCGGACAGUUUCUGUAAAUCUACUUCGUGAACGAAUUGACGUAUAG